UUUUGAAUUACGCUUGUGUUCUGAGAUAUGAUGUCAACGAGUGAAGUAAAUGAACAGUUGUGUCCAUUGGUUGACCACUUAAGUUUAUAGUUAAUUUAAUAUAUGAAAACGAUUUUAAUCAGAUUUGUGAUUUCAAAAAAUGAUUCAAGUGCUGAGAAAGCAGAUAGUGAAUUCUGAUCUUGAAGAUGUUUGCUUAAUUUCAAACCUGAAAAUCUAGCAUGCUCUGUGAAAAUCAAGAUUAUCUUAAUUAUUCAUGAUUGCUGGACAUACAUUUUACAUACACAAGUGCAAUAAAAAUGGCUCAAGAUACCAAAAGAGGCGUGAGGAGUUGGUCACUUCGUGAUGAAGUGGAAGAAAAGUUAAGGCUAGAUGCAGAAAGGGAAAAGAAAAAACAAGAAAGAGAAGCUAAAAAAAGACAAGAAGUUGAAAAAGUUAAAACGAGUAAUUUAAUUGAUCAAGUUCCUUUUUUGUUGAAUGAUAAAUCAACUAGAGGGAAAUCAAAUAAUUCAUCAAGUUCUGUGUCAAAGAAUUCUGCAGGAUCAUCUGGUAAAAGCAGUGAACCUAAAAGUUCUUCAGCAUCUUUAGAACCAUUUUAUGAUGACAUAUGGGAUGAAAGUCCUGCUGUAAAUCCUCCAUUGAAUGAUAAUACUUGGGAUGAUGUGUGGGAUGAGAGAAAGGUAGAAACAAAUAAAGUAAACAAGGAAUGGAAGAAUGAGGACCACCAGAAUUCUUGGCAAACAGUUCAAUCCAAACAUCAACGUCACAACCAAAAUUCUUUGGCUUCCAAAAGGGGCAAUAAAACUUCCGAAAAAAGCCGAAAAUUUAAAAACAGUUGGUCCACACAAGUCAAUGAACAACGUAAGAAAGACACCACUCCUAUCUGGGACUUUCCUGACCGACAUUUUUCAACAUCUGGUGCUGUUGAAGCUCCGCCACCAGUUGUGAAUGUGUGGGUGAAGAGGCUGAUACAUACUGAAGAAGUGAAAGCUAUGGAACCUACAAAUGAAACUGAAGAGGAAUUUAUGAUUCGGCAAGCCAUAGAAUUAAGCAAGGCUGAAGCCAUGAAAGCUGAAGAACGUCGGAAGAAACUUGAAGAAGAAUAUCAACUCCAGAUGGAACUGCUGCAGUCAAAUCCAGAAUAUUUCUCAGAAUUUAGGGAGGAUACAAGUAAUAAAUCCACUCCUGAGGUUGCAAUAAAAUGCUGGGAUAGUACCAACUAUAAUAGGUCAACCACUGAAGUUACAAAAGAUUGUUGGGAUAAUACUGAUGAUGAAGAUAAAAAUAGUUUAUGGAAUGAGAAAAAAUCUACAAAGGCAUCUACUUUAUGUACUCAAAAAGGAAACAAAGCAGCAUCGUAUGCUGGUGCAAAACCAAAAUAUAAUGCAAUUAUUGAUACUUUUGGUGGAUGGGGCUUAAAAGAUACUAAUUUUCAGAAAUCAGGUACAAAAACCCCAAAAUAUGAUCAGAAAUCCAUUUCUAAUUCUCAUGAUGCAUAUAAAGUGGAAGAUGACUGGGAUGCAGAGAUCAUAAAUGAAUAUAAAUCAUCAUCAGAGGAAAGGGAAUGGUCAGAUCAUACCAAAAAUUAUAAUAAAAAAAAUUCAAAAGCUUUUGGUAAUGAAGUUUUUAAAAAUGAAACGCUAGGUUCAAAAAUCGCAAAAAAUAAUAAAACAUAUGAACCAUGUAACAGCAAAUUAGAAGAUUGGGAUGAAUCUGGAAGUGAAGAGACUGAAAAGCAAGCAUUCAAAGAGAGUAAAGCUUGUGAAUUAGAGAGUAGUGAAUGGGAUACUUUAGGAAAUGAAAAGCAGAAGCAACAUUUGAAGAGGAAGGACUCUUAUAAUACUUUUCAAUCAAAGGAUAGUGAAUGGCAGAAUUCUAAAACUGCUAUUUGCCAGUCGAAGGACAGUGAAUGGGAUGUUGCUGAAACUGAUACUUAUCAGCCGAAGGUCAGUGAAUGGGAUAGUUCUAAAAUUGAUACUUAUCAGUCAAAGGACAGUGAAUGGGAUAGUUCUAAAAUUGAUACUUAUCAGUCAAAGAACAGUGAAUGGGAUAGUUCUAAAAUUAGUACUUAUCAGUCAAAAGACAGUGAAUGGGAUGUUACUGAAACUGAAACACAGACAUUGAAGGAGAAGAGCAAUUUUGGAGUAUAUAAUUUAAAUGUUAGUGGAUGGGACGUUGCUGAAAGUCAAAAAGUAGAGAAACAGUGUGAAGGUCUACAUAGUAAGUGGGAUGAUACAUCGGGAGGAGGCCAGUAUGACACUCAUAUUUUGAAGGAAGGUGAUAAAAUUCCAAAUGCUGAAUAUAUAGAUAGAGGCAAUUCAUUUGAGAAUAAUAUUUUAAUAGAAAAUAAGAUUUCUGAACAUGGUGACAAAACAGAUAUCUCUGAAACUUUCUAUCGGCAUCCAUUUAGUGAAGCAAAAUUAAAACAUGAACAUAAUGAAACAACAGGAAAAUCAGUUAAUAUAAGUAAUAAUGAACUUGGGAGCAAUAUUUUGAAUGAUUCUUUUUUUAAAAGUAGUAACAGUUCUAGUGUGUUUGAUAAUUUUGAGCAAAAAAUUUCUAAUACUGUUGCAUGGAAUGAUCAAACUUCUAGAAUUUUGCCUGGGAUACAUAAUAUUAAUUUGGAACAAAAUUCCUCAGUUAUAUCUUCCAAAGAAUCACUGAAAGCAGCUAAAGAUAUUUCUCCAAUAGAAUGUGUUACAUCGGAAUCUUUUAAGGGUAAUGAAAGUGCCUUUAAUCUUGAAACUGUAUUUUUACCUAGUGGUAAUGCUGUAGACUAUACUAAACAUUUGCAAAAAUCUGAUAUAUCAUCAGCAAGUGAGUUAAGAAGUGAACAAAAUAGUGCUUCAGAUAGCUUUACAGGUGAUAUGCUAAAUUCACAAUUUAAAGUACCAAAUAUUUCUCAGCCUUCAUCAUUUGGACCUACUGGAACAGCUCCCUUUUUAAAUCCUUUGGGAGCUCAUUUGAUGCCAUUAGUUGGCAUAAAUCCUCUCCUUAUGCAACAAAUGCUUCUGAGUAAUCCUUUUUUCAUCACUCAGUUACAAGCAAUGGAUCUUUAUUAUAGGUCUCAAGGCAUUCCAACCACUGCAUAUCCGUGCUAUCCCCCACAUGCUCAGAUACCCAGUAUGCAUCAUAUGAACAAUAAUUCUGGAAAUAUUAAUUCUUUUGCACAGAAUUACACUGAAGCUGCUGAAGAAAGUUAUGCUCAUGUUUCUUCAGCUUCUCAUGUAGUAGAUUGUCCAAUACCUCCACCAACAAAUAGCAUUCCAACUCAGGAGAAAAAGUCAACUAAUUCUGGACCACCUGGAAUCUGUGCUAGUCUUGUACUUCCUGUGAAUGAACUUUAUAAAGAUGACAGUCCUUUGGCUAAGCUGGGUUUUGGUGGAGAUACCAUAAUACCACCUCCCAAACCUCCAGUUUUGCAAAGUGAGGUUUCUGUAUCCCAUACAGAAGUGUCUUGCCCAAAUGCCUUAGAUAAUAAAGAAAGUAGUUUAUCAAGUUUUGGAAGUAGAGCUACAAAUAUUAUUCCAAAUCAGAAACAUCAAAUAAAUGAUUCUUUAAAUGAAAACAUUUUUUUUUCUAAUUUAAAGAAUUUUAAAGUGCCUCCAAGAGAAAAUGUUCCAGAUUAUGAAGUAAAAUCAAGUGUUUCUGGAUCCUUUGGUAUCUGUGGUUCUGUUGUAAGUCCUAUUGAUGAACCUGUCUGUGGAGCUUUACAAGGUGCUUCUCAAUCGCCAAAUAUUAUAUCUCCUUCAAAUAAUAACGAAUUUCGUCCAUGCGAGACUCAGACAUCACUUCAAAGCAGCAAAAUUGAGCAUGUUAGUUGGAGUGAUUCUGAAAAUGAAGAUGAGCCUUUAGGUAAGAAUAAAUAUUGGGAGGAGGAUACGGCUGAAUGGGAAAGUGAGUCUUACCCAGUACAGUCAAUGAGAGAUGCCAUUAGAUAUGAUCUUAAAAAAAGUACUAAUCGACAGCCAGCUAGUCAACCAAGUUUUAGUGUUAAGAAGAGAAAUAUGCUACAGAAAUAAUAUAUAAUAUUGAAAAAAUAUUAUAAAAUUAAUAAAAAUUAAUCCGUUUUUUUCACAUGAAAUAAGUAAUUAAAAAGAAAUAUUAUUAAUGCAUUACAUGGUCUGCUUACUGUUUACAUCACUUGUCAAGUACAGGUGUAGAAGUAAAGAAAGGCAGUGUUAAUGUUGAAUUUUUUUAGUACUAAUUUGUAGUUUAAUAGUUAAAUCAUUACAAUAAGAAAAUUAUUCUUUGUUGUUCACAUAAUGCUUCACUAAUAAUAUUAAUGUAUAAUAUAUGCACAUUAAUGUAUUUUAUAUGAUUUUUAAAAUUUAAUAUGUUAUCCUAAUUAUUUAUUAUGUUUAUAAUUGAAAGUCGUAACCACAUGAUUGUUACGUUGUGCAAAAACUUAAGUAAUCUUUCGUUUACUUAUUCCUUUAUUAUCAUCAUAAUGAUUAAAAAUUGUGAAAUUUCUGUAUUAUUUAAGCAUUCUUGUAUUUGACUUAAAUGAAUUAUCAUAGUUGUAAGACAGCUUUAAAAAUGAGAAAGCUAUGCUCCACAAAAUUUGUAUUUGAUUUAUUUCAUUCAUUAUUUCAUACUGUAUGUUGUGUUUAUUUGUCAGUCUUUAGUAUUCAGAUUUUUUUAGAAAGGUCAGAUUUGUAGGCAGGGGGACUACUUAUUAAAUUUUUUUUUUCAAAACAUGAACUUUUUUACUCAUCUAUGAAGCAUGAAUAAUACAUUUAUUCAUAACAUAGUUGAAGGAUUAUUAUUCAAGAAAUAUGAUUCUUGUAUUAAAAAAAACUUUCAUUUGCCAUGUAUUAUAUUUUUUGUAAUUACAUAUCAAUGACAAGUAGGAAUUAUUGACAGGGUAUCAUAAUCAAUUGUAGCCUUUUUGUAUAAUUUUGCUUUUUAAUACUUAGGCUGUUCUCUUAAAUUUACAAUGAACUCGGUUGUUUGUUAAAAGUUUGGAAGACAUCUGUGAUAUUUGUUUAAAGUAUGUUGUAUGUUAUUGGAAGUAAUAUUUCAUUUUGAAAAAUGUUUUCACUUAUGUUUGUAAUUCAGUUGUAUUAGAAUUUUGUAUAAUCUUUUUUUUUUUUUUUUUUUUUUUUUUUUUUUUUUUUAAUAAUAUGUUUGUCAGAAUUUUUUUGAGCAAUUGGAGUAUGUUCUUGUAGUUAUGUAGUAUGCAUUAUAAUUAAGUGUACUGAGUACUUCUAAAAGCAGAUGUUAUCAGUACAGUGUCUGAGAUCCAGAAUCGCUGAUAUUUUGGCAGUUUUGAAUUUAAAAAAUGUCUGGAUUUUAGAUCAGUUUAAAUCUAGUAAGAUGAGUUGUAGACAUGGCAACAUUAGGACUUCACUUAUUCUUUCAAUAAAAGAAUGCUAACCAAUCUCAGGGCUAGUGCCAGAGCAAGUGCAACUGUUGUGGCUGCACUGGUUGUCAGAAUUUAAGAGCAGCAAACAUUUUUGAAUUUAGAGGAGCACAAAUUAGGAAAACAUCAAAAAUCAGAGAUGGUUAUUUAGAGAGAUCAGAGAUCACAUUUAGAGUUUAGGAGAGCACCAGCCAUCCGCCUCCACAGCCACUCAAACCUUAAAAAUGUGUGAUCCAAGCCAUUAUCAGUUCAAGGUGAAUUAAUGCAUUGUUAUUGGCUACUAUGUGACUCUUUGGCUAGCAGAUGUUUGAAAGUGAUAUGCAGGAAUCUCCUUUAAUCCAGAGAAAAGUCUCAUUUACAGUACACCUGCUUCCUUAUGUUGCUGUAUUCUCCAUUUUUAGACUUUAUAAAGGUGGGGGAUUAUUUUAUUUUGUAGUUAUUUUCUGGCUGGUGGUCUGGAUAUAUUAGAUCAUUUUGGAUAUUCGAGGUCUGGAUUUCGGACUUAGUACCAUAUGCCAGUUAACCUUUAAGUCCUUAAACAUGUAAUAGUGCAAACAUAGUAUGAUUUUGAUAUUAAUCCCGCUUAAGCUUGAAAUCUUUAAAGCUAAAUAUUAAGUUACAUAUAAUUUUAGCAUAGUUGUGAAAGGACAUACUGCAUUAUAUAUUUUUAAAAGUUAAAAGAUAAGCAAAUAUGUGUUACACAUAUUAUAUAAACUUAUUUCCCAAAAAGUUGUAAAUAAAGAAUUUUUAAGAUUGUUUGCUUAAGUAUUGUAAUUCAGUUAAUAUAUCAUUAAUUGAUUGAAUGUAGCUUUAAGAAACUUCAUUGCAUUAUUGUCAAUUAUGUUAGAAAUAAAGAAAGUAUUUAAAAAUUAAUGAUAUUAUAUUUAAUUAAUUUCAUUCCAUAUUUAUCAUGGCUUAAAAAUCCUGUAAAUAAACACUAUUUUUAAAUGGAAAAUCAAUAGCAUAGCUUUAAACAAAUAGCUAAAUCAUUUUAAUUACUAAAUAUUUAAACUUUUAAAAUAUUUUUCCAUUUAAAACAGAGUUAGGAAACACCAAAACGCUAACAAAGGCGAGCAGCUAUUAUGCAUUGAAAAAUUAGUUUGUGUGUGUAUAUAUAAUAAUGAUAUACCAAUUAAUAUCAGUAUAUUUAACCCUUUGCACUCGAGCGGCACCCGAGUGAUUUGAAGUCUUAAAUCGUGCGAUACUAUGGUCUUUUGUAACUUGAUCUCCUUAUUUACGAUGUGCAACAAGAUAUUUUUCUCAGAAGUACUUUCGUGGACUAAAAUCCGCUGACACUGUAGCUAAAUCUUAGCUCAGUUUAGUUAGUCUCCGUAGCAUUCACUUGAAAUAGUCUUGGCAGUAAAUAUAGUAACUAAAAAGUGUUUGAGUCCGAAAAAUAUGGAGGAAGAUCAGAUCAGCUCGACUUAGACGAAUUCGAUUUUGCUGCUUUGGAUGAUGAACUUACCGACAGAUUUCGAACAGAUUACACCGCGAAACGAAUGAAUCCAGUGAUGCAGUAAGAGGUGCGAGACGACUGAAAAUUAGAAUUAUAGAGAGUGACAGUGAAAUUGAGAGUUACAAAAUAUCACACCAAAACUAAUUACAGAGUGUAAUAUUUAUCAAACUUUGUUGUUUUUGACAUAUAAAUGAAUAAACUGGGGAAAUUUUAU